AAUAGUUGUCAUAAAUAAUUUACAAUUCAAUCUUUUUGAAGGCAGCUGCACUUUAAUUACAAUCGUUCUUGAACGACGAAUAAAUUCUUAGCCAAUAAAAAUAAAAUAGGGAACCUAUCUAGACGUUAGACAUGUAACCUACAACUUAGCCAUGCAAUACCUUAGACAAGUUUAUUUAUUAAUUAUUGAAGUUAUUUAUUAUAAUUGAAGUGCCAUGUAGGUUUUAUUGUCGAUUUUCACUUUGCUGUUUUUUUUACACAUUCAAGCUGCCAAUUUAGUUACAGCAGUCAACUGUUCUUUUCUUUUCCCUUUUUUUGGGUUUUCUUUUGCUAUAUUUUUACCCCUUUCUAAAUUGCUAUGGAAGAAUUACAAGACGAAGAAAGGGAGGUCAUUCUGUCAAUUUAUGACUGUGAUCCAGCAUUUAAACAGCUAUCUCCAAUCACUUAUCAAUAUAAGAUUGGCGAAGAAGGAGAUCCUAGAUCCUUCUUGCUUGAAAUAAUCUGGGGAAAAGAAUAUCCUAAUGAACCCCCUAAAGUCAACAUGAAUACUUUUUAUAACAAGCAUAUCAAUGAAUCAACAAAGAAAAAAGUUUGUGAAUUUGUGUUAAAUGAAGCACUCAACUUAGUUGGAAAUGCAAUGACUUAUUCCCUGUUCGAAAGUGUUAAGGAAAAAUUCCUGGAAUUAAUUGUUGUUGAUGAGACUGAUUGUAAAUUGAGCCCUGAUAGUACUGAAGAUAAUGAUAUUAAUGAAGAAGAUGAUGAUAACGAUGAGGAUGAUGAUGAUGAUAGUAAGGAACUAGAAGCAGGGACAAGUCGGAAAAAAGAUAAGAAGUGUCACAUGACAAAGGCACAGAAAAGAAAACAAUGGAACAGAGUCGACUGUCAUGGAGAGAGGCCGAGAGGGUGGAAUUGGAUUGAUGUAAUUCAUCAUUUAUCUCAAACUGGUCCUAAAAUGCCUGAGAAUCAAGCCUCUUCCUAAUAAAUAGUUUUAAUUGUAUUAUAUUGAUGUGGACUUAUAUAUUAAAACGUUUUUUUAUACCUAUAUUUUUGAGUUUAUCAACUAUUGAAUUGUUACCAGGCUAUGCAAUAGUAAAUAAAUGUGAAAGAUAUUAUUUAAUUAUACUUGCUGUAAUUUGUGUCCAUUUAAUACCUUUAAUUUCUUAUUUUUUAUGGCUGUGC